AUGUUUCUAUGAUACUGAAGAUGAUGAUUUAAUCUGUGUUCAUGUUUCUUUAGUGCAUCUUGAGAAGAUACUUUCACUGUUUGAGUGGAUCAGGAGACAUUGUGGCAUCAGGUGAUCUAUAUGUGGACACACAUAUAAUUUGGUCUAAAGGAGCCACAGAACUGAAUCAGAACUCUUCCUCCGCUGCCGACGGGAGACGAGCUGACAGAUCCGGACCCGAGAGAACUUCGAGAGCAGAAGACAAGCUGUAGCUUUCAGAGGGCCGGUCCUGGUACCGUUUCAUUGUGCCUUUAAAAUGAAUAUUUAUCACGCUGUGAUUGAUCAUGUCAAUCCCCCCAAGCGGCUUGCUGAUGCUGUUAGAGUGAAAAGUACACUCCUCAAAGAGACAGGGUCUCUAUCCAUCUAUAAAAUCCCUCUAGAGGAGAAUAAGAUCAAUAUAACAGGAUGCAAAUAUUUCCAUUAUGGGAAAGAGGCCAAACGGCCAAAGUCCAAUCGCACCAUAAUGGUCCUCGGGGCGACUGGUGCCGGGAAGUCGACUCUCAUCAACGGGAUGAUCAACUACAUUCUGGGUGUGGAGUGGGGGGAUUCGUUUCGCUUCCAGAUAGUCGAUGACGGUGAAGCCAAAUCACAGGCUGAGAGCCAGACUUCUGACGUCACAGUGUACAGAAUCCACCACAGGGAAGGCUUCGCAAUGGAUUGCUCUCUGACCAUCGUCGACACUCCAGGGUUUGGAGAUACAAGAGGCAUAGACCGAGACCGAGAGAUCAUAGAGCAGCUUCGGAACCUCUUCUCUGCUCCCAACGGGGUCCGCGAUAUUGACGCCGUGUGUUUCGUAGCUCAGGCUUCUUUAGCCCGACUCACGCACUCACAGAGGUACGUGUUUGAUUCUGUGCUCGCGAUCUUUGGCAAAGAUGUGGCAGAAAACAUCCGCAUUCUGGUGACAUUUGCAGACGGCCAGAGACCUCCGAUUCUAGAGGCGAUCAAUGCUGCAGAGGUCCCGUGUCCCAAAGAGAACGGGCUGCCCAUGCACUUCAAAUUCAACAAUUCUGCCUUGUUUGCAGACAACAAAUCAUCUGCAGCAGACGAUGACGAAGAUGAAGGCUUUGAUAAAAUGUUUUGGAAGAUGGGGUCAAAAAGCAUGAAGAGGUUCUUUGUUGCUUUAAAUAUCAUUGAAACCAAAAGCCUGACGAUGACCCAGCAGGUCCUCAGAGAGAGAAAGCAGCUCGAGAAUUCCCUCGAAAAUUUGCAGAAGCAGGUGAAACUUGGGUUAGCUAAGCUUGAGGAGAUUAAAGAGACAACUGAAAAACUGAAGACGUUUGAGGCCGAGAUCACCAGGAAUAAGGACUUUGUGGUGGAAACCACGGUCAGCAAGCCAUUCCAAGUAGACAUUUCUGGAACAGGGGUUUACCUCACCAACUGUCAGCAGUGCCAUUUCACCUGCCACGAUAAUUGUGGGAUUGCCAAUGAUAAGGAAAAACACGGGUGCAUCGCAAUGGGACCAGAUGGACACUGUAAACAGUGCCCAAGUAAAUGCUACUGGAGUCAACACUUCAAUCAGAAGUACAAAUGGGAGUAUAAGCCAGUUCAGGUAAAAACAACAAUGGACGAUCUGAAAAAAAAGUACGAGGUAGCCAAAGAUGCUAAAGCUCCGGUCCAAGAACUGGUUGGAAAACUCAAUGCUGAUCAUGCUCGUGUCCAGGAGGUAGUAGAGAAGUUGAUGAAGACUUCUGCCGACUCUCUAAACAGACUGAAAGAGAUCGCCCUGAAGCCAAAUCCUCUCUCCACUCCAGAGUACAUCGACAUGCUCAUUGAGGGGGAGAAAGCUUCAGCCGAGCCAGGCUGGAAGAAACGAGUUGAGUCCCUGACAACCAUGAGGCAAAAGGCAGAGAUGUUGGCUAAAUUAGAACGAGGAGAGAAACUCUGAAGAACCGAGUCAAUCAAAAUGUCAAAAGUCCAAAAAUGAUUCCAUAAAGACCAAAUACGAGACCCUCUGCUUAGAAAUUAGAGUCGCACAAAUCCAGCUUUUCAAAAACUUCAGUCACGUUUUCAACCUAAAGGUAACAAAUAAAUACAUGAAUAUCAAAGUAGAUCAAAAAUGAGUGAAAUAAUGGUAACAGAUCCAGUCGGGCCGAGUGUCUUCAAUACGCAAUCCAGCUUUUGCAGUCAGUAUUGGACCGAUUAUUAAUGAACUACCUCGACCCACGCUCUUCAUUUCAGUUUCAUAAUGAACCAGAAUAAGUUUUAUUUCUAAGCUCCUCGGCUCCAGAUUUCUAACAUUUCAUAACUUCUUGAAAGAGAGAAAAGUGAAGCGAAGGAUCAGCGAGUUCAGUCGCUGAUAAACGUGAGCGUAGAAGCAGAGCUGCAGACCGAGAGCCGAGAAGUUGAAAGGAGUCAAACGUGUUACAUCUUUUUGCCCAAAUGUGUCCCUGCAGUGUUCUUUCCUAUUUCUGUUCUAUCUACGAUUUACUCCGACCAAGUGUGUGACCUUUGUUGUAAACAUUAUCCUGCUGACUCCAUCAUCGCCGAUGACAUAUAUUUUAUCUGUAUUAGUUGAUGAAACCUGAAUAUUGGCCUGAAUAUGUCAUAGUUUGUUUCUUUUCUAUUAUGAAAACAAUAUACCACCCAGUUUACAUUAAUAGAAGGUUUAAAAAAAGGAAAUUUCAUCUACUAUUCAAAUCAUUUUUAGAAAUUUGAAAGUUUAAAUAAUUGCACAAUUUUAUUUCAUGUGUGUUGUUCUGUUGUAAGGUGAAUUAUGGAAAGUUAUUCAAUCAUUAAUAAAUCAUUGAAAUAAUGUGUGAAGAGCU